GAGAUUCAGGAGACAAACACACAAGCUCAAAAAAAUGGAUCAAACUCUAUAUUUCAGGCUUCUUCUGAUCGCGGUCUGCUCAUUAUCUGAAUGCAUUCAGCGCCGCUAUCACUAUAUCAACAUGAUUAAAAACUGGACUGAAGCUGAGAGUUACUGCAGAGAGAAGUACACAGAUCUGGCCACAGUCCACAACAUCAAUGACAUGAAAGAGCUGAUGAACACUGUGAAUAAAGAUAAUGUGCACGUCUGGAUUGGACUGAAGAAUACAAGUACACAUAAAUGGAAGUGGUCUCUGGGUGAUCCUGUAAACUAUACGAACUGGGGAAAUGGGCAACCAAAUUACCAAACAAAUUGUGCUUUUAUGAAAAAUGGAAAUCAGCAUCAUAUGGAAUGUGAUACAAAGUUGAGUUUCAUCUGCUACAAUGACAGCAGUAAAGGAUACAUCAUUGAAACAUCUAAUAAAACAUGGAGAGAAGCUCAGAGUUUCUGUAGACAGUAUCAUACUGAUCUGACCAGUGUGAGAAACCAGACUGAGAAUGAAGACAUCCAGAAUAUCAUUAAUAAUACUGAUAAAUCUGUCUGGAUUGGUCUGUUCAGAGACUCAUGGGAGUGGUCAGAUAACAGUGACUCUGCCUUCAGAAACUGGAUGUCUGCUGAACCAAACAAUAAUGGUGGCCCUUCUAAAGAUUGUACAGAGGUCAAGAUGAGUUCUCGGGGACAAUGGAAUGAUGCUGGUUGUCAUCACUCUAGUACAUUUGUGUGUCAUGAAGAUAAGCUGGUAUUGAUCAAACAGAAUCUGAGUUGGACUGAAGCUCUGAUUCACUGCAGACAGAAUCAUGUGGAUCUGGUUUCAGUUGAUUCAGAGGAGAUUCAGCGCUGGGUGACAGGAGUGGUUCAAAACGCUUCUACUGCAGAGGUUUGGCUGGGGUUACGUCACUCAUGCACUGUGGGCAUUUGGUUCUGGGUAAGCGGAGAGAUUGUGUGCUAUGAGAAGUGGGCUGAAGGGCAUGAAACAGCAGUGGAGAACUGUGAAACUGUGACGAGAUCUGGAGCGGUUCAGUCUGGAGGAGAUCAUCGCUGGAUCCGCCUUCCUGAAACUGAGAGACGCAACUUCAUCUGCACCAGAUAUGAUUGAGAUGUGUUUGUCAUUUCCUGUGAUACACAACUUAUUGUUUCUUUUCAUUUUCCAUUUAGCUGCAGUGACAAUUUAAAAGCAUGUUUUGGAUUAAAUACAACUCAAAAUUUAGACUCUCAAACGUUAUUAAUAUGUACUGUUAUUUUAAG